AUGUCUAAUGUUGGUGGCUCCUCAUUACGAACAUGGAGGUUCUCCCCGCUCCAUCCUGAGCCAGGUAUAGAUGGCCAGAAGUCGACUUUGCGGGGCAUUGUAUUUGAUGUGGAUGGGACACUAUGUCUACCGCAGAAUUACAUGUUCCAAGAAAUGCGCUCUUGGUUAGGAAUUGAUAAAUCAGUUGAUAUCAUCGGGCACAUCCGCCGCUUGCCAACAUUAAAGGACCGCACUGCUGCCAUCACGAAAGUCAGGGAGAUCGAGCGGGAAGCUAUGGUCAAGCAAGUGCCUCAGCCGGGUCUUGUAGAACUGAUGGAUUAUCUCCAUUCAAAGGGGUUGAAACGGGCGUUAUGCACACGGAAUUUCGUAACACCCGUAGAACAUCUUCUCACAACCCACCUCCCAACCCAUCAGUUUUCCCCUAUCAUCACCCGUGAUACCCCGGACUUGCUCCCCAAGCCAGAUCCAGCGGGUAUUUUACAUAUAGCAAAGGAAUGGGGAACCAACGCUGAGGAUUUAAUCAUGGUCGGAGACAGCCUCGACGACAUGACUGCGGGCCACUUGGCAGGCGCCGCCACUGUCCUGCUUCUCAAUGACCAAAACCAAUCCCUGAGAGACCACGACCAUUCCCAUUUCUGUAUCCGGCGCCUAGACGAGCUGAUCUCAAUCUUGGAGAAUGGCGUUGCGGAACCCAAGGAAAAUUAG